UUAAAAAAAACUUGUCAUCGGCAGGCCGGCAAUAAACCUAAUGAACUUAUGAACUACAGAAAUGAGUCAAUGACAUUAACAUCGGCAAUGAAGGAGGAAGAAAUGGAGGCACCAGAGUGUCCAGUAUGCCUACAAUCCUACGACGACAACACAAUCCCACGCGUACUCCCAUGCGGCCACUCGGCAUGCCAAAGCUGCCUUGCACACCUCCACCUCCUCCACUCUCCUACCCUUCCCAAAACCACUCUGCGCUGUCCUUCUUGCACUCAGCUCGUCAAAUUCCCUCACCCUCAAGGCCCCACUGCUCUCCCCAAAAACAUCGACCUUCUUCGUUUCUCUCUCCUCUUCCAACCCCAAAACCCUACCACAAAACCCAACUGUCAUACCCCUUCUCCACGACGUCGUUUUCCUUUCCCCCCGCAAAAAUGGUCGGAUGAGGUUUACGCCGCGUGGAAGGACUGGGUCCUCCCAGAAGACGCCGUUUUGAUGGAGGGUAAUUUGCUUAAAUCUGAUUUUGUGGGGUUGGGUUCGUCUGCAGUGAUGCGGUGUCGUUUGGUGGAGAAUCAGGAAGUGGGUUUUGUUGAAGUUGGUCGUUUUGAGUUGAAUGAUUCUGAUUUGUUGUUGGAGUAUAGUUAUGUGGGUAAAGUUAUGAGUGUUUUGAGUUUGAUGAAUGAUACUUUAAGAAAUGAAAUUAGUUCUCUUUUGGGGGUUAGUUUCAGGAAUUCUAGAGUUUGUAAUGUUUUUGGGUUGUGGCUUGAUGUGGAAAAUGAUGGCUUUCUUUAUUUAGUUUGUCAGAGAAUGAAAAACGGGCUGUCGAAUUCGGGUAAUUUUGGGUUUGGGGUUGAGGAUUGUGGUUCUUGUUUGGGGUCAUUGAUGAUUAGUGUUGAGUUUUGUGAAGUUUUGAUCAGUUUGCAUUCGGAGGGUUUCGUGUGUGGUUGUUUGGGACUGUCUUGUUUUUGCUUUGACGAAUUCGGGCAUGUUUGUGUUGACAUUGGUGAGGUGUUGGUGAUAGGAAGGAAGCUCCGAUGUGUUGUUGAGGGUGUCCAAGAUGGGCGGAAAGUCGAUGUGGCGGAGGCUGAAGCGAUCAUUGUGGAGUUGUCGAACAUGGUUGCAUUUGUGAGCCCAGAGGUGUUGUUGGAGUUGCUUCAUAGGGAAAGCUUUGAGAUAGACAAGAAUGGCGCGAAUUGCACCGUUUGUUAUGGGACUGAUGUCUGGAUACUAGCCUGUGUUUUGAUAAGGCUUCUUACUGGAGAUAAGUUUCCUGUAGAGAUGUACAAUUACUUGAGAGUUGUCUUUCAAGAAAAGAAUGAACGGGUUUCUGAGUGUAAGAUUGUGUAUUUGCAGUGGGUAGAAACCAUAAAUGCUACAUUGGAGCCUUUAUCGGUUAGUGGUUAUGCAUCAGUAUGUGAGAUUUUAGUGAAAUGCUUGGAUUUUGAUCCAAGUAAUAGACCACUUGUAAUAGAUGUAUGGAAGUGUAUCAAAGGAUUGAAUAUACACCAUAAUAUUUGUCGUGUCUCUAGUUUAAAUAACGAAUCCAGGAAGGAGAAUGUUGGCCAAUGCUUGGUCUUGGGAGAGUUGUGCAAUACCUCAAAUGAUCUAAGAAAUGAAGCAAAAAUCUCCAAGACACUCCAGGAAGACGAUGAUUGUAAACCUGAUCUUGGUCUGGUUGGGCAAGUUAAAGUAGAUAAUGUUGUCAAGGGAGUAUCUUCAGGUAAAGUGCAAUGUAAGGUUCUGCAAGGCCAUCUGGAUUGUAUAACCGCCUUAUGUGUUGGAGGGGGGUAUUUGUUUAGCUCUUCUUUUGAUAAGACAAUCAAUGUGUGGUCUUUGCAGGAUUUUACGCAUGUGCAUACGUUUAGAGGUCAUGAGCACAGAGUUAUGGCUUUAGUCUUCGUAAAUGAAGAAAAACCUGUGUGCAUCAGUGCGGACAGUGGAGGCGGUAUAUUUUCCUGGGAGAUAAAUGAGCCUUUGGCUCAAGAACCCUUGAAGAAGUGGUAUGAGGAAAAAGAUUGGCGUUAUAGUGGCAUUCAUGCCUUAGCUGUAUCUGAAAAUGGUUGCCUGUACACUGGAAGUGGUGACAGGUUGAUAAAAGCUUGGUUAUUGAAGGAUCAUACCCUGAUGUGCAGUAUGGAGGGUCAUAAAUCAGUGGUUUCUACCCUAGCAUUGUGCAAUGGGGUUCUUUACAGCGGGAGUUGGGAUGGAACUGUUCGAUUGUGGUGUCUUCAUGAUCAUAGUCCUCUGGCAGUAUUCAGUGAAGACAUUCCUGGGACUGUGUCAUCUGUGCUUUCUGUCUUUGCUGAUCAGAAUAUGAUUAUUGCAGCUCAUGAGAAUGGCUGUAUAAAGAUAUGGAUGAAUGAUGUGUUAAAAAAAUCAAUGAAAUUCCAUACUGGGGCCAUCUUUGCUCUUGCCAUGGAAGAGAAGUGGCUGUUUCUUGGAGGGUGGGACAAAACUGUGAAAGUCCAGGAGAUAACAGGAGGUGAACCCGGGAUGGAUGUUAUUGAAGUUGGAUCUAUUGUUUGUGAUUCUGUCAUAACAGCUAUGUUGUGUGUACAAGGAGUUCUGUUUGUUGGAUGUUCUAACAAACUUAUCAAGGUGUAUCAUUGUGGUGGAUGAUCAAAUUUUGGAUCGUGUACAGGUUGAGCUGGACAGAGGAAGAACUUUGAGUGCGUGCAUCUGUGUAUAGCUAUGUAGUUAGAUGUAUUUUCUGUGUGCAUAUCAAAAGGAAAGCAGAAUCAAAUUAGGAGGCCUAUCUCGACUUCCAUCACCAAUCUAGUUACACUCAAUUGCAUGACAAUGCAUUUAUACAGAACUUCUAACUCGAUCACAUGCCAUGGAGUCGUAGACAAUCAAGUGCGCUCCAAUCCCCGGAAUAAUGUGAUCUAUGGACGACAUUGUGUUAAAGGUCGUAAUGCCAGAGGAUUCAUUAUCGGAAGGCCUAGAGGGGAGGUCAUAAGUGUCUAUACUGUAAAAUAGCUGUCAGGUGUGGGAAUACUGUCCAUAUAUUUUCUAUUGCUUAUAAACUAACAAUGUCUUGCUCUAGUUUUGCAAGCAUAAUUAUGAUGAAUUUACAGUUUAAAUCAAUGUAACGAGAAUUACUGAUUCACAGAUGUAAAGAUUAACAAUGUCUUGCUCUAGUCGGAAUGUAUAGUGCUCAAUCUUUCAUCAUAAUGUAAAGAUUACUCUUUUGAAAGCUUA